GAAAAAAUUUAUUCCUCUAUUUGAAUCUCUAUUCGAUGAAGGAGUUGUUAGGGACAUUGACACUCGUGUUGCAUUUGGUGAAGUUGUGUCAACUGAUCCCAUGCGAGUCAUUGUUGAGCAUGGAAGAGAAAAAAGGUUAAUGAAUCUGGUUGCUCAGGAUUUAAGUGGUACGAAAAUUGCAGUUGCUUUGUGGGACAGUUUUGCACUGAAGCUGAAUACUUACAUUUCACAGCAUCAUAAUGAAACUGCUCCGGUUAUCAUACUGCUACGUUUGGCCAAACUCAAAAUUUGGGGUGGUCAGCCUCAAGUUGGUAAUUGUUUGUUUGGAUCUAGAUUGCAUAUAAAUGAUGAUAUGCCUCACAUUUUAGAGUUCAAAUCAAAUCUUAAUGCUUUGGACAUGAAUGUUGAGUCUUCUAGCCGUUCAUCGCAGCUAAACUCAGAUACUGUUGUGGCUAAUCCAGAGGAUUACUACCUCCGUUUUCAAAUAAAAAACAUUGAUGAGAUCCCUGAUUUGAACGAGGAUCAAGGACGCCAACAGAUACCUGAUGAGUUCAAAAUCCUUCUAAAUAAGAAGUUUGUCUUCAAAGUUCAGAUAUCCAUAUUCAAUCUGCAAAACAACUAUCGUGCUUACACUAUGCAGAAGUUGACUGAUGAUGAAAGGGUUCUUGCUGCGGUUUUUAAACGGUCACCAAAUCAUGAACACCAUAUUCUAAAUGAUAAUGGUACUCUUAUUAACAAGCCAAAUAAGGAUACUACUGAUUUUGUGCAUGAUGACAAUCUUGAUGUUGUUGACCUUGAAGCUUUAACGUCAUCAUCCAGUACGGGGAAGCGCCCUAUAAGUAUUAAUGCCAACACUGAUUCUUUGGAGUGGUCUUCUUCAAAAACCAGUGCUAUUCCUGCUACCUUGAAUAUCCCAAAGUUGGAAAAGUUGGACUAAUAUGAAGCCAACCAGCAACAUUUUACAUUUCAUCUUCAAUAUGUUUAGAGACAUUUUCUUUUUAAUCUUUUAUGUCGCACUUUUAAUUGUCUGUUUAUGGAUCUAUUGGUUGUUUUUAAAAUUUUAUUGGGUUGUUAUUUGGUCUGAACACGAUGAUAUUCGUGCUAUUUAUUACAAAUAUAAGUUAUUGAACUGUUUUAAUUUAAUG